CCUUCAGUCGACGGCGCGUCCCGCCGCGGCCCAGCCGUGAGGACCCGGCCCAGCCGUGAGGCCCUACCCUGGGGACAAAGCUGUUAUGGAGGCGCUGCGAAGCCCGUAGGCACGCUGGCGGGACGUGAGCAGCGCGGAGAACCCCGGGGGGGAGGUGGGAUCCCUCAGUCCCGUGUGAGGGGAUGUGCCGGGAGUCAGAGCCAGGCCCAUGGAAGCGUGUUGUGAGGGGCCGAGGGCUGUGGAUCGGGGUGUACGCGGGUAAAUCACCCCCCUGGGCACAAGGGAAGGGCAGUGAAAAGGGGGACAGCCCUGCUUGGGCAUGCAGCCCUGCUUGGACAUGCCACAGCCCUGCUUGGACGUGUAUCCGUGCUGGCCUCUAGAGGAGGCCGCCACCAGCCGUGUCCAGCCUUGUUUAAGCAAGGGACCACACCUCCACAGUCUCCUCCAGGGUUUGCUCUGUUCUUGCUGUCACCACAUGCAAGCAGAAGGGGUGUCCUGGCUGAACAGGGAGCUUCAGCUGGAGCUCGGCAGGAAAAAGAGACUUGGAGGCCUUUGGAAGAAAGGGCAAGCAGCACAAGAGGACAACAGAGGAUGCUGCUUCAAUGGGAAAACCAUCUGUCCUCCCACAACAUCACCCUGGAGACACUAGCUGCCCAUGGCUUGGAUGGACCCCCUCUGUGUUGGGUGGUGAAGUGUCUGUGUGGACAAGCCCAGAGAGUGCUGCUUCAAUGAUGGAUGGACACCAACACUUUUGGGUGUCUGGAGAGCAAAGCAGGAGGAUGCCAUUCGGGAAAGGAGGCAGCACUCCCACAUAAGGUAAAGAACUGGGUGGAGGCCCAUCCUUUGGCCCUGAGCCUAAGUGUUGACACAGGGCUGACACGCAGAUGACUUGUGCUGAGGCUGGUUCAGCUGGUAUGUGAGCAGAGAUGAAGUGGAGGAGGAAGAGAGCUGGAGCUGCUCAAGUGGAGGCAUUGAGAGCACCAUAGUGACAAUCCAGGCUCCACAAUCUCCUUUUGAACACCAACAACAUGGGAAUCACAAAGUUACACGGACUGGCCAUUGUGCUGACAGCAGGAAUCACAGGAGCCAUCUGGUACCAUCACCCUUUCUCCCAAGCCAGUGAUCAGAAGCCCACAGCCUCCUCUGAAGAUGUGACCAACAUGAACCAGAGCUUGUGUCAGCUUUCAAGACAAGCAGACUUAAAUGAAACAUCUUCCAUGCUUCCACGUUUAUUAUAUCCUGAGCCUCUUCUGACAAAACCAAGGAGGCGAGAUGUACUGGUGUUGACACCCUGGUUGGCUCCAAUUGUCUGGGAAGGCACAUUCAAUAGAGACAUCCUGAAUGCACAGUAUAUGCAGAAGAACCUGGUCACUGGAGUGGUCACUUUUGCUGUUGAAAAAUAUGUCCAGUUCAUAAAAGGGUUCAUGAGCUCUGCCAACAAAUACUUCCUUGCUGGGCACCAGGUGAACUUCUACUUGUUCACAGACAAUCCUGAGCAGAUCUCUCACCUUCAGCUGGCCCCUGAGAAUCACCUUUUUGUCAUCCCUGUCCAGAAUCACACGCGGGGGCAGGACAUCUCCCUGAGGCAAAUGGGCAUCAUCAGCACGUACAUCCAGAGCCGAUUCCAGUACGAGGUCGACUACCUCUACUCCAUAGACAUCGAUGUGCAGCUGGUUGAACACGUUGGUGUGGAGAUCAUUGACACACUGGUGGGGACCAUCAGCUCCUGGCACUACGACACACGGCGUGAGAGCAAACCCUACGAGCCACGCGCCGAGUCCCGCGCUGCCGUCCCUCAGGGAGAAGGCGACUUCUAUUACACAGCCAGCUUCUAUGGGGGGAGCGUGGCUGAGGUCUACAGACUGACCAGAGCCUGUUUUAAAGGCAUCCUGGAGGACAGAGGAAAUGGCAUUGAAGCCAGGUGGCAUGAUGAGAGCCACCUCAACAAGUAUCUGCUGGAGCACAAGCCCACGCGCCUGCUCUCGCCGGAGUACUGCUGGGAUGCAGAGCUGAGCCGGCCCCGCAUCAUCCAGGGACAGCAGCUGACUUACUUGACUGCUGGGUGGUGUUUCCUUCCAUGCAAGCCAUGGCACAAUGUCUUGAUGAAACCCUUCAGGAGGGACAACCCUUCAGGACACUAAGAGAUGGAGAGACAGCGUUUCAUGGCCCACUCCUUGUGCUCCCUGCCAGGCCCUGAGCUGGAUGGAGGUCCCCGUUGCAGCGACCACGAGAUGGUAGAGUUCAAGAUCCUGUGUGGAAGAGGCAGGGCACAAAGCAGGACACUGACCUGGGAUUUCAGCUGAGCCGACUUUGGCCUCUUCAAAGAUCCACUUGGUCAGAUCUCAUGGGAUAUG